AUAGCACUUUCUUGCAGACAGACCGCAAGAAGGUUUUGAAUCAUAUAGACGUUUAUAUAUACUCUCCUUACUCUUGCUACUCUUUUUCUGAGUCCGUAAGAUCAAUCUUUCUGCCUAAACACACUCGCUUCUUUUUUCCUUUUAUUCUUAACAUAGCCAUUUUUGUGCAAGUUUCAUUCGCUCUACUUCUUACGCACACUCACUUUUACGUCCAGUAAACACAGCAAAACCGGCCGUAAUUGAAUCAAAUUUCUUCAUUCUACUUGUACGCACAUACACCAAAUGUCUGUACUUACGACUAUAACAUUACCAUCGAAUAAUUGCAAUAGCAGCAACAGCAGCAGCAAUAACAACAAUAAUAAUGCAAAUAAGCUGAUAUGUACAGCAUGUCAAUUACCUUUGGAAGGUCAUGUCAUACGCGCUUUAGAAGGUGUAUAUCAUGUCGACUGUUUCCGAUGUUAUGAUUGUAGCGAGCCAGUUGCAGAGACAUUUUUUCCCAUCGAAUUAGAGAAUGGUCUCUUUCGCCCUCUUUGCGAAAAGCAUUACUUUCAACGAUUCGAUUUACGCUGUGAUACCUGUGGUGAAGAACUUAGCCGAGGAUCUUAUAUUACAGCUGUAGGCAAAAAAUUUCAUUUAGAGCACUUUUGCUGUAGUGUGUGUCAAUUUGUUUUCAGUCCUGAAGACUCUUACUACGAACAUGAAGAUCGAGUUUACUGCCAUUAUCAUUAUUCAUUAAAUUUCGCAAUGAAUUGUCAAGGAUGCGAAACAACUAUUUUGAAGCAGUUUGUUGAGAUUAAUCGGAAUAACGUAGAUGAGCAUUGGCAUCCAGAGUGUUAUAUGAUACAUAAGUAUUGGAAUGUCAAACUUGCCCAAGAGUUCGGUGACAACACUCUUAUAGAUUUUUGUCAACUCAACUCAAGCGAACUGAAAGAAGUUCAAAAUGCCAUGGAAGAUAAAGUGUAUCGCAUUUGGACAGUCUUAUCAGCAUUUGAAGAGUCAGCGGCAGGCUGCAUUUCGGAUAUGUUGAUUCAAAUGUCAGAGGGGAACUAUGUUGAAGGCGUUAAAAUGGCCGAUUAUUUUGUUUCCCAUAUCGAGAUCCUAUUUUCAGCCAUGGAUGAUCUUGCUUACCAUUUUCAAAAGCAGUUUAAGCAAGAACUGGCGUAUGAUAAAGAAGCGACCAUGUUAUGUAAAAAGAUAUCCAGUUUCUUUUCAUUGCUAUCUCAUACAUCUCUGCAACAACAGCAUCAACAGCGAGCCAGCAACGACAUAAUUACACCUGCCAGUACUGGUAUAUCAAUGAUGAAUAAUGAUCCCAACUGCUUUUCACUUCAACAAGCACAAUCAAGAAGUCAUCCAUUCAACUUGGGCAAUAGCGGUCAUAAGCUGGGUAUUACACAGGAUUUGGUGUCUCUUGUUACUGGACUAGCUCAUUAUCUAAAAGUUCUUAUUCGCAUCGGUUUGAUCGGCACUUUACGACUUGAAAAAAAGCAUGAUCCCAAUGCUGUAGACGUGAGCCGUUUCUUAAGCCAACUUAUGGAAUUAGCGAAUAAAAGAGAUCAAAGGCAUCUGCAGCAACAAUACGAACAGCGAUAUGAUAAUGUUUCGUCAGACUUAUGCCAAUUCUGUAAAAAAGUAUGCGAACAAGCUUGUUUCCAAUACAAACAGCACUAUCUUUGGCAUCGAGAAUGUUUUGCCUGUUCUAUGUGUUGCAUGCCAUUACGCGAGGACUAUGAACAGACUUGGAUAAAUGACACAUCAGCAGCGAUCGUUUGUAAAAAAUGUUAUGUAGCGGAUAGCAAAUUGCAGCAAGAUAGCGGAUAUAGUCAAGGAGCAGUAGAAAGUGUAUCGAAACUAAAGCAGUCCUCAUUUUUAUUGAGAGUAGCAUUACGACGAUUAUAUUCCUUGUUGAAUAUACCAGAUCCCAUGCUGGUUUAUGGCCAUCAACAGCAGCUCCCUCCUUAUCAUCUUCAGCUGCAGCCACAGCAGCAAGAAAAACAUUCAUAUAAACAGGAUCAAUCUCCUUAUCCAUCUUACCAGAUACAACAAUCACAACAGCAGCUGCCGUUACAGCAGCAGCAACUGGAUGGCGAGCAACAAUUGUCUCCUUCAACGCCUGUUCCACAAACGUCUGUCAACGAUCACUUUAAAGUUGAACUAUCAUCACCGCUGCAGCAACAACAAGAACAGAUUCCGCAGACCAAGAUUAACUUGACUGAUAUCAGACGAAUGAAGUCAACACACAUGAUGAGAAAAAUGACCAAUUCUCAUCGUGUUGGAAAACGUUCAACACUCAUGGAAACGCCCAGCCCGAACAUAGCUUACGUAUCCAAUAAAAUAGAAAUAAACAAUUAUAGUCAAAAUGAAGGGCAGCAACAACAGGUUUUGGACAAUUGUAUAGAGAAAGAUAUGAACCAGUUAAACAUCAGCCAUAGCAAUCCUAUCUCACCAUCACAUUUCGAGCAUAACACUCGGCCGUAUCAUCAACAAUAUAAAUACUCGAAAUCAGUCCCAGAAGCAAAGAGCUUUUAUUUCUCAGAGUUGGGUGCUCUUGAACAUUUCAUGUUGAAACAUAUUGCUGUGCUCUACUUGGAAGAAAUUUUACAUGAUCAUUUCACGCUAGAAGAGUUAGUAGAAUUAAUUGAUGAGCACAGUAAUCGCCGCAACCGAAAAAAUGGACAUCAUGGAAAUAGUAACAGCCAUGGUAACAGUAGCAGCAAUGGUGGUAGCACGUUAUGGAGUAAAUUUGUGACUAGUUUGAAUAAAGCAGCUUACGGCAAUCAGCAACAAUAUACCAAAAGCACGGGUGCAGCACGCUAUUAUGCAAAUAAUGGAACGACAAAUAGUGUUACGACGGCACCUACUACAUGCGCUACUUUUGGUGUCCCACUAGAUGUACUCGUCGAGAGAAACGGCAUUGAAUCAAAUUUAGGUCUGGGACCUACGCGGAUGAUCAAAAUUCCGGUGUUCAUCGACGAAGUGAUAUCAGCUAUGAAACAGAUGGAUAUGUCGGUGGAAGGCAUUUUCAGAAAAAAUGGAAAUAUUCGUCGAUUGAAAGAAUUGACGGAGGAAAUUGAUAGAAGUUAUCCCGGUGGCAGCAGCAGCAACAAUAAUAACGAUAAUGAUUCCGGAGGCCAACCUUUUAUAAACGAAACACCUGUUCAAUUAGCAGCUUUAAUAAAGAAGUUCUUAAGAGAAUUGCCAGAUCCUUUGUUGACCCAUAAAUUACACAGAUUAUUCAUCACCGCUCAAAAACUUGACUCAGAGGCGGAUCGCAAACGUGCAACCCAUUUGGCAUGUUGUCUAUUACCCAAACCAAAUCGUGAUACGAUGGAAGUCUUAUUCAACUUUAUAAAAUGGGUAUCAGAAUUUGCUCAAGAUUCCACGGAAGGUAAUGGAAAUGGUGGAAGCAAAAUGGACAUCAAUAACCUGGCUACAGUACUCGCACCCAACAUUUUAUAUUCAAGUUCAAAGGAUCCUGUUCAAGAUGAAUCUUUUUUCGCUAUUGAAACAGUAAUUCUGUUAUUAAAGAAUGCAGAUAUAUUUGCCACAGUGCCAGAGGAUUUUAUCCCAUUGCUGCAAAAUCUAUCAUACGAGGAUAACAGCAUUAACGAUGCAAAUGGUGAUAUGAUGGAGAUGAGUGUAAAGCAUAUACUAAAAAAAUGUGAAAUGGUCAUGAAAAUGAAGAAGACAAAGUCAAUGAAUGGGCCUAUCCCGCCUCAAUUACCACGCCAACAUUCUUCCCCGGCAACAGUAUUAACAGCUCAUUUACCGCCGCCACCGCCCCAUAGUUGCAGUAGUCCACUUACAUCACUACCACUGGGGCCUCUCACAACUUCAUCCACUCCUUCAACACCUUUUGCUCAACAGCAUUUGCAGCAUCAACAACAUCAUUAUUUCACGUCACCUAAUACGAAAAGUACUAACCAUACAUUGUCUUCCUCCCCUACAUCUAUAUACCAACAAUAUCUUCCACCGCCACCACCACCCUUAUCAUGCUCACAGUCAGAGUCAGUAUCUACAAAUGAAGGAAGUUACUUUACAUUGGACAGCCAUCAUACGAGCAGUACCAUAACAGUAGCAGGGAAAGUAGAUAUAAUAUCACCAUCACUUACCUCACCUCUGCCUGCUAUGAAUCGAUCACAGUCAUCUACAGAAUGUCCAGAACGAUAUAGUAAUUAGUGACUUGUUAUAUGAUAAUAACAGUGGUACUCGUUAUGCAAAAGACGUUACAAUGGAAUAAUAUCAUAAAACUACAAAAAAGAAAAAGAAAAGUAAGAAAUAAAGUUAUUCAUUCCUUAUUACUUGGUCUCAAGUAAUUCAGUUUAUGGACGAAUUCAGUUUAUUUCUUUUGAAAAAGAACUAAG